AUGAGUUGUUUGAAGCGUGCCCUUUGCCCCAUCAGGGGAAAUGAAUGGCGCCCUGUUAAUAAUCCCGUGUAUCUUAUAAAAAGGCAUUUUUCUCAUGUCCACAAGAAUGGGGAUCGGGCCGAGGGUGCCUGCGCCCGCCCACAACCAUGCGUCAUGCUGGAGUCGGAAAUUCUCUUGGACUUCAAAGGUCACUUCUACAGAGGCAUGGACGUGCGGGCCCUGUGCAGGCGAGCUACAUUCGAUGAAGUUAUUUUUUUACUUCUACAUAAAAAAUUUCCAAACCAAAGUGAAUUAAAAAGAAAAAAUCGCCACGUUCAAAAUGAACUAGAGCGCUUUUGCGAAGGGAAUGUGUUAGAGAUGGGGAGGCUGCUUCACACUUCAGACCCCCUCGAGCUCAUACGCAUAGCCCUCCUGCAGUUCUCGCACCAGGCAAAGCGUGCAGCGGAAAAACGUACAGAGGAAAAAGGCGACGCAGAAAAAGGCGACGCAGAAGAAGGAGAAGGAGAAAGGGACGAGGACGACCCCGUUCUUAAUUACCUCAAAAUAUUAGCCGCAUCUCUGAAGUUACUCCUGCGGUGGGGCCAUUCCGAGUUGGUUCCUCCACCCACGCAGGACUACGCAGCCUACUCAGAUUUCGCUUCCUUCCUCAUUGAUUCGUACCCCAUGGGGGGGACCGAGGGAGACUUCCUCCAGGAGAGAGAAGAAAAAAAAAAGCUUCUAAAUGCAUUCCUCCUAUGCAUGUGCGAACAGGGCAUGAAUGAAAAUACAUUUUUCAUUCGAAUGCUCAGUUCUGUACAGGGCCACAAUUAUUUCAGCUUGUGCGUCUCUGCUAGUACCUUCUAUGUAGAUGCGUUCAGUGGCGUCAAUCUGUCUCACUCCUUGGAGGGCUUCCUCAAAUUUGUGGUCCCUCCGGUAAGGGGCGCUAAACGUGCUGCGCAGGACCAGCUUUGCACCCAUGGGGAAGCUGAAGGGGGACAACUUGGCCAGGCAGAACUUCGCCAGGGACAACGUCGCCAGGGAGACCACGUGGACGAGGCGAUAGCCGAACCCCCGAACGUAAAUUUCUUCUUUCACAAAGGAAACUCGUACAAGGAAAAAAACGACAUCCUUAAAAAACACCUGACCGAGUAUUGCAACAACACAUGUGAGAAGAAUCUGCAUUACCUAAAGCAUUUCGAGCAAGUGGAAGAAUUCUUUUUAAAGAAACAAAAGAAACACGCCUCCUGCUACUACUACCCCCUAUUGAUAUUUCACCUGUUGAAUUUACCUCUUCCUUUUUUACCCUCUGUUUUUUUCAUAAUGAGGCUACUCUCCUUCACGGCGCAUCGCCAGGAACAAAUUUGCAACAACAAGAUGGUCAAGUAUGCGGGGGUUUACACCGGAGUCCCACCCAGAGGGAACCACAUGCAGGUAGAACAUCGUGGCGCCACAUCGCCACAUUGA